AUGAAAACAUCCUGCCGGAAGUCUUUGUGUUCCAAGGGAACUUUUGAGUGUCAAAGAAUUAUGGAAUGUAUUGAUGAAGACCGGAAGUGCGACGGCGAACUGGACUGCCAGGACAAGACAGACGAAAAAUUCUGUGAUAGAGCACAAGAUAGCUACUGGAAUAAUAAGUAUCUGAAAAGAGAGGAUGCUGACUACGACAAGCUGAACAAAUCUUGUGUGUUUAAAGAAGUACCGACAGGCUGCACCUGUAAAGGAAUGACAAUGAUAUUCUGCAGCGGGAGUCAUCUGAAAAACAUUCCAAAAGAUAUACCAGACAAAAUAACUUUAUUAGAUCUCAGCAAUAACGAAAUCGAAAAUAUAUCAGAAAGGGAGGUGGACUUUUUCUUCGUGUCUCAAAUAAAUUUGCAGCAUAACAAGAUAACAACAAUUGAGAAUUCCACUUUUGAUAGUUGUCGCAGCCUCAGGAAAUUGAAUUUGAACUCGAACAGCAUUGUUCUCCUCAAAGAAAACGCAUUUCCGGUGUACAAUAAAAUUGAGGAGCUAAAGAUAGAAAACAACCUUCUUACAAUUUUAACAAAAGAGAUGUUUUCACACUUGAAGCAUGUCAAACGCCUAUACCUGGGAUUCAACAAGAUUAAGUAUAUAGAAGUGAACACAUUUCAGGAUAUGUCUCAAUUAAAAGUUUUGUCGCUAAUAUCAAACCAACUAACAGCAAUAAAAGACUACUUCUUUCAUCAUCUGACAAAUUUGGGCAUUUUGUAUAUUGAUGAGAAUGAGAUUUUUAGGAUAGAAGAUCACUCGUUUGCUUCUUUGUCUUCUUUACAUACAUUAGGCUUGUCAAAGAAUAGGAUUAUUUCCAUAUCAUCAGAGGUUUUCCGUGGUCUAGAGAACCUUACCCAUUUGAAUCUAGUUUACAAUCAAAUUGUGAAAGUCUCACCAAACGCAUUACGACACCUGAAGAAACUCAUAUCGCUAGAUCUCCGGAAUAACGCAUUUAGAAGCCUCCAAAAACAGACAUUAAGAGAACUCUCAUCACUUCAUUAUGUGUAUUUUGAUGAGUUUUACAUGUGCGCCUACGUGCCAAGUGAUGUGGUUUGUCAACCCUUUGGAGAUGGCAUUUCAAGUAGAUACAACUUACUGGAAAACGGAUUCCUUCGCAUCAUGGUAUGGCUUGUUGCCAUUUGUGCUUGUUUCGGCAACCUCUUGGUUCUCUUAGGAAGAAGUCUGUUACGUGAAGAUAAUCAGGUACAUUCGUUUUACAUUAAAAACCUUUCCUUUGCUGACAUGUUGAUGGGGAUUUACUUGAUCAUUAUCGGGUAUCAUGAUCAGAAAUUCAGAGGAAGUUACCUCGUGGAGGACGAGGAAUGGCGCUCCAGUGCCACAUGUGACUUAUGUGGUAUUCUUAGCACGCUCAGCAACGAGGCCUCCGUAUUAACCUUGACCUUGAUAACUCUGGAUCGUUAUAUCAGCAUUACUCUUCCUCUGUUCCGAAGACGGAAGAGUUUUAAGUUUGCGCUGAUGAAUGUUAGUAUUAUUUGGAUUAUCUCGCUUUGUCUCUCUGUGCUUCCUGUGAUUCUUCCUGAUUUAUUUGGAGUCUACUUCUACAAAGAUAACGCUGUGUGUGUUCCUUUCCAUUUACACAGACCAUGGGUCAAAGGAUGGCAAUACUCAGUGUUUCUCUUCCUAGGAUUGAAUUUGGCAGCAUUUACCUUUAUUUGUUUUGCAUACAUCACCAUGUUUAUUGCAAUAAAGCGAUCUACGAAGACUGUGAGGUCUCAUUUUGAGAAUAAGGAAAGGACUCUUGUAAAACGAUUCUUUUUUAUUAUUUUAACUGACUUUCUUUGUUGGAUGCCAAUUAUCAUCAUCAAGUUCAUAGCUAUUUCAGGACAACAAAUAAACCAGGACACUUAUGCUUGGUUGAUUAUUUUCGUCAUGCCUAUAAAUAGCGCCAUCAACCCUCUUCUUUACACACUGACAACGAAAUUAUUCAAGGAAAAGGUGAUGCCAAAACUGUGUUGUGGAUUCAAGAUUGUUCGCCAGGAACCAAUACUUAAAGAGAAUUCCUCCUCCUCGUCGUCGUCCUCAACUGGUGGGCGGAGGAACCGAUCCUCAAUUCGGAGCUCGCUAGAAAAGGAUCUGUGCGAGGUUGGCGCCAAUACCUUACGUGUCAGCGCGCGAAAACUUAAGGGGAACUUUGAUUCGUCAUUAAAUGAAGAUGUCUGUCGAAAUGGGAAUUAUCUCAGCUUUAAGACAAGAAGUGAAAUGAAUUUCUACAACAGUAACACGGGGAGAGUUUGUGCUAAAGAAACCUUGUAUAUUCCACAGAGAGUAUCAACUGCAGUUUAAAUAAAAGACGAUCAUAUUUUCCCUUAAUUUGCUCCGAUGUUAGUAAUAUAGACUUAAUGAAUUUUCACCUUUUUUAUUGAAAAUACAAAUAAUCUGGUGGUUCUCAAUAA